CACUUCCAAACUUCCGGUUUGUAAUUUCAACAGGAUUAAUUAAGUCAUGGAGGAUUUAAGGAUUUGUUAACACUUUAUUCUAAUAUACAUUUAGUAAAACACUAUUGAAAAUAUCACUGACAAUGAAUGCAAAGUAUAGUCGUCUACCGAGUUCUGAUCCUUUGGAAGAAGUUAAACUUGAUUUUGGAUCUGCGUUUUCUUACAGUAAUAAUCAAAUGUCUGACAACUAUGGUCUGGCACCAACAGGAGAAUAUAAAUCAGCAUUUACCUAUAAAGAUUGGACACCACAAAAUAAAACUGAUAUUAGAUAUGUAAAAGUAAAACCAAGUUGUUUUUCUCAGACAUGUCAUUGGAUAUUAACUGGCCUGGCGAUAAUCCUUGUCAUAUUAACCUGUCCUGUGUCAUUAUGGUUUUGUAUCAAGAAAGUAUCACAUUAUGAAAGAAUUGUUAUUUUUAGACUUGGAAGGAUGCGUCCUGUGAAACAACAAGGUAUAGUGUUUAUUUUACCAUGUGUAGACAAAAUAGAAAGAGUAGAUUUACGCAUCAAAGCCUUUAAUGUUCCACCACAGCAUCUAAUAACCCAUGACAGAGGACUAAUAGAAGUUGGAGCAGAUAUUUAUUACAAGAUAACAUCAGUGGAGAGAUACAUUACUGGUAUACAAGACAUGAAUCAUUCACUCAGGAUACUUGUUCAAUCGUCACUGAAAAAUAAUUUUGUUCAGAAAACACUGCAUGACAUUGAAACUGAUAAAUUAGGUAUUACUGGUGAAAUUUUGGAAGGAAGCAAUAAAACUUGUAAAAACUGGGGAGUUGUUAUUCAUGAGGUCAGAAUAUCACCUAUUAAAGUAUUAAAGAGGCCAGAAAACAAUUCAGGAAUGCCUGCUGGUCUUCCACAAACUUUCCAACAGCUAGCCUCAGCAUUUCUUCAGGCUUCAGCCAGUGGAGAUGCAACAAAUGGGCCAUUACCCAUAAUUCCAGAGGCUGUGACAGUACUUCCUGACAGUGGGGCAGCUGGGGUUGAUGAUGCUUUACUCCACAAUAUCCCCACCCCCAGAGAAUUUAUAGGACUCAUCAAAACCGUGCUAUCAGAAUCUAUGGUCAGAAGUGUAGGCUCUGUAUAUAUGUUCCAGCUCAGUGGCCAGGAUGGUGGUGUCUUUUAUUUAGAUUUGAAAAAUGGUGAAGGAGAUGCUGGAGAAGGUCUUCCACCUAACGGGGAACCAGACACUACUCUAACAUUAACAGUACCAGAUAUGCAGAGCAUGUUCAUUGGACAAUUAAAACCAUUGCAGGCAUACAUGAGUGGCCGUCUCAAAGUGGCAGGAGAUCUUUCUGCUGCAACACAGUUAGGAGAUGUUAUCAAAACUGUGAUGAAAAAAGUAAAAGAAGAUAGAAAAGAUACUUUUAUAGUUUAAUGACGGGGAGAUAUUGUUUAUCUGUGAUACCAUGACAAUCAACAUAGCAAUGAUGAACCUCAGACACUUGGUUCAAUAUAUAAUGAGGGCAAACCAUUUGUGUGAGGAUUGAGUUCGAUCCUGAUUUCUAUACCAGAAAAUAAUAAGAGUUGUAUAACUUGUCUGAACCAAAGUAUCUAUUGUGAACUAAUACCAUCACUUGGCAUUGGUUUUCUUUCAUCAAUUGUCUGUAAUAAACAAACUUAAAAUAUCAUUUUACAAACCAUUCGGCCAAUUGUAACCUCAUCUGAAGGGUUCUGCUUUAAGAGUAUGUCCUACAAGGCCACUGUUACUACAAAUAGAAUAUAUGUGGCAGGUAUGAAAUCAACUAAAUCCUAUUAGAAAUUCUCAAACUACUUUAAAAUACUUCCAAAUUUGGAGCCAUAGUACAUUUAUGAGCUCCAUUCUACUUACUUUCUUCCAAAAAUAGUAAAAUUUUUCUAACCUUUCAAAAAUAAUUUGAUUUAUUAAGAAAAAAAAAAAGAAGAGUAGGAUGACUCUAUAUUUUGUUAUUUCCCUGUUUCAUCAUCAACAAUUAAUAAUUGAAAUAUUUUUUACCUAAAAGGCCAUGUUUAUAUACAGUUUUGGAUAAAACUAUAUAUUAUUAGUCUUAUGCAAGCAGAUAUUUGACUCACAUCUCUGUGUAUAAGACAUCUUGUGGCAAAAUGUCUUAUUAAUUAAUUACUCAUACCUUUUACAAAUGUUCAAAAUGUGUAAAUAUCAAGAUAAGGUAGUUUUGGUAGUUAUUGAUGUUCUCCUGUAAUGCAAUAAGUUUGAAUGUCUAAAGUAAGGACAAUAUUCAAUUAUAUUCCAACACUAAUACCUGACAGACUAUUGUCUGGUUAAACUUGAAGUUUAUAAUAUUUUUAUUUUAUAUAUUUCCAAUAUUUAAUGUUUUUGGGAAUGUUUUUGCAGAUUUUGGGCUGAUAUAUGUUAUGAAAUGAUAUUUUUGUGAUUAUAGAUAAUUAAUAACAGUAUAUAAACUUUCUGUUAAUUACUUUAAUAGUGUACCUAUGUUUGAGCUUGAUAUGGCCAUUUGCCUCAUUAUUCCACAUGGUCUCCAGAUGCACUAGUUGACAUUUGUUCAAGUUUCAAAAUAAAACCAUGAAUCUUAUGUGAUCGUUAUGUACCGGUACUUUAAACUGUAGUUCUAUAAAUUGUACUGUAUACAAAUAAAUUUCUAUUGUUAAUGGAUUGUUUUGCACAAUUUAUAUUUGUUUGUGGUUUAAUAUUGCAUUGUGAUAUAUAUAUAUUUUGGUCUGUAUGUAGUUUUGAAAGUAAUUUACUGUAUGCAAUGUUAAUAUUUCUUAUCUUUCUUUACAUCUUUUUGAAGGAUGUUAGCUGUUACCAUUUCCAACAUUUCUUAUUAUUUUGUAACCUCCCCCCCCCCCCCUCAGUUUAUAACUAAUGCAUUUAUUGUCUUACUUUUUGAAAAAAAAUCUGACAUGGACAAAAAUGCUAACAAUGUCAAGAUCUUCAUAUUUCCACCAAAAUUAUAAAAUACUCAUUAUACUAGUUAACGUUAUUGCCCUUAAAUUAAAGAUGAAUUUUGACAAAUUUAUGAGUUUUUCCCCUAUUAUCUUGAAAAAUCUCAUUAUAGGAGUAAUUGCCCUUAAAGGCGGAUUUUUCUUUCUUAUUUUCUAGGUUUUGCCUAUGAUCUCAAAAAAUUAUAAUAGAUAGGUAGAAAUGAUAAUUUUUUAACAAAUAUUCCUGUUAUUACCAAUUGUUUUAAUUUUUUAACAGGUGAGUGAUUCAGGCUCUUUGGAGCCUUCUUUCCUGUUCUGUUACUACAUAUUUAACAACAUCACAAUUUCAAAAUAAUUGCCCUGAUUGAUGUUAUAAAACUUUCUGAAAAAGUUAAACACCACAAAUGAUGCAUUUUCCCACUCUGAAAUGCCAAUAUUGGUCACUGCAGCUCAUUCAAUUAUGAAAAAGUUAAGAGUUCAUGAAAUAUUAUACAUUAUCUGUCUAAGCAAUGCAAACUAUUCUGUUCAUAAAUCAUUGUUAAAUUAAUUUCCUGGCUCUUAUCUUAAACACACAAAACAUAUUUUUUCGGCUCUUUCAAACUGACUGAAAAGACGGACUAUUUCAUACCCCAAGCACACCUGUCAUCUGUACUAUUUCUUAAAAAAAAUCUAGCUUAAAACAAUGUUGAAUAGUUGAUGAUAAAAUACUAAUUUAUUGAACUUUCUCAAUUUUUAGGAUUGUUUCAUUAUGUAGUUCUCAUUUUUUUUUUUUUAUUUAUACAAUUUUUGUUGAAACAAUAAUGUUGUUUUACUGUGCCAUAUAAAAAUAAACCCAAAAAACUGUUGUCUGUCUAAAUAAAAGCCUAUUUUAAGUGAUUGAUUUUCUCUGUUUCAAACACUUUUGGACUGUCAGAUCAACUUGUCUUUUUCUUGCAGGCAAAUCCCUUUUUAUUAUCUUGUAGGAUGUUUUUAGUCUUUUUUAAGUUAUUUAAUGUUUUUUAUUUUUUUAUUUUUUAAUAAAUAAAAUUUAUUUUUCAUUGUA